AUGGCUCGCGAAGUAGAGGAGCUCGAUGCGCUCCUAUCCCUUCUCACAGACGCAGUCGGCGUGGUCAAGUCUGCCUACAGCGCGCACGCCCGUCAACCGGAGCUGGAGGACGCUGCCGGUCAGCCUACGCAGCUAGGUGCGAGCGAGGAGCUGCAUCAGGCUAGGAGGAACAUCAGUUCCGCGAGCCGGAGGACGCUCCUCCUUAUGGCUAACAGCGCUUUUGAGACAGCAGCACUGCGCGUAGCGGCAGGAGCCUGCGUGGCAGAUCAUCUCCUCCCCCACCCUUCCGGCCUGCCCAUCACAGACCUAGCAGCGAAAUGCGAUAUGGAGGCUGACAAGCUUGCCCGUGUCCUCCGCCUGCUCGCGUGCAAACACGUAUUUCGCGAAGUCGCUCCGGGAGUGUUUGCGAAUACUCCCCUGAGCACGCGGUUAGCCCGGAAACAUGGGAUGUGGGACUUGGUGAACCACAUAACAGACGAAUGCUUCAAGUCCUCCGCCUAUCUGUACGACGCGCUCGCCGCACCCGUGUUCAAGCCCCCUUUCGCCCAUGCGUACAAGCACGACGCCGGGUAUUGGGCGUACAUGGCUGGAGUUGACAAAACCAUGGGAGCACGGUUUGGGAGGGCGAUGCUGGGUGUUGACAUGGCUGAAAUCGGACCGUUACUUUCCCACUUCCCGUGGGAGACACCCCCCCCCGGAACGACAGUGUGCGACGUCGGGGGAGGGGUAGGCACAGUGAGCCUCGCACUGGCCAACCGGUUCUCGCAGCUCAAGCUAGUGGUGCAAGACACGCCCAAUACACUGGCCCAAGCCCGUCUAGAAUGGAAGGAAACGGCGCCCCAAGUGGUCAGCGAGGGGAGGGUCGACUUCCUCCCUCUGGACUUUCUGACCCAAGCCCCGAACGUGGGGUGCGAGUAUUAUUAUGUGCGUUGCUGUUCCGCUCGGCUUAGGAGCGAUGAGCGGAGCGAAGCUGAGCAAAGGCAGCUCAAGCAUGUGGUUCAUGAUUGGGCGGACGAGGAGGCUGUGAGGCUCUUGAGGAACGUAAGGCAGUCCAUGGGCGCUCAUUCUCGCGUUCUGAUACACGAGUUCGUCAUCCAGCCUCUCUUCCCUCCUCCCACCGACCCUCGAGAAGGAACAACAUCAUCCGCCCCUUCCCCAAGCCUGGCACCCGACAGCUCAGCGCUACACGCCCACCACCUAGACCUGACAGUCCUCUGCCUCCUAGGGACCAAAGAGCGUACGCAGGGGGAGUUUGAGCACCUGGCGAGGAAAGCAGGGCUAGGGUUUGUCAGGCUUUGGAACCUAGGAGAGUAG